AUGGAGAGAGACAAAAAGAGGGACUUUCAAAACCUUCACAAUAAUGAACAUGAUUAUCGACCUUCUGAAACUAGCCCUAAAAGAACAUCCAACUCUAUCCCAACACCUGGUUCUGAAGUCGCGUCGUCCGACGACAUUGUAGCUAACAUUUUGUCACCUCAAUUAUGGUCUCAAAUGGAAGCUAUUCUUUGUCGGCUGGUCAGUGAGGAAUUUGAUAGAAAGUUUAUGUCUUACGUUCAAUUUCUUCCAUCGUCAUCUUCAAGCACUAUCCAACUAAAUAAUCAUAACAACGAAGAAACAACCAAUUUUAGGUUAUGUUUUCUCAAUCAAAUCCCUUCCACUAUUUUUACCAACAACGAGAUAGAAACGGGGAAUGGUGAUGCAUUACAAGUUGCACUUAUUGAUGACAAUAAUUCCAAUGCCAUCGUCUCCGACGGUCCUUUGUCGAUAGCACAAAUUGAGGUCAGCGUCCUCGACGGAGACUCGGACAAGUUCAUGAGCCAAAACAUUUUGUCUCCAAGGGAUGGAAAAAGGCCAUUAAUUGUGGGCGAUGAUUUGAAACUUCAUCUCAAAAAUGGAGUUGGGUUCAUCCAGAGUUUGAGUUUCACUGACAAUUCAAGUUGGGUGAGAUCGAAACAAUUUCGAUUAGGAUUAAGAAUUGUGGAUGACAAAAUUCAAAGUAAGUUUCCAAGAAUUAGAGAAAGUGUAUCUCAACCAUUCAGAGUCUUGGAUCAUCGAGGAGAAGUGAACCAGAAGCACCAUCCUCCACAAAGGGAAGACGAGAUAUGGAGAUUAGAAAAAAUUGGAAGAAAUGGUGUUUAUCAUAAACUCUUAUCUUCUCAAGGCAUCAAUACGUUACUUGGUAAGAAUGUCUCAAACAAGUCAUGGAAUGCAAUGGUCACUAAUGCUUUGGAAUGUGUCCCUCUUGUCAAAAACUUUGCUCCAAGCUUCGAGAGGCAAGAUUUGUUUGAAUAUGGCAUGGGAAGUGAAGGUUUUGAAGGAAACUUAGAAGUAAGUGAGCAAAGGAACUCAAGUGAUUGGAAUAAGUUUUUAGAAACAACACUUGAAGAAUGGGAUCCCAAUAUGCAAGAAGCUUCAACUUCACAUAAAUACAACCAUGAAGUGGAAGAUGUAUAA